UCUCCCACUGCAAAGCAUCUAAUCAACCUCGCGCGGCACCUCUGCCGAGCCUACCGCAUCUGAAACUGAUCCAGCACCCAAAGCUCCCGCACCUAAAGCUCGUGCACCUAAAGCUCCCAUGGCUCGCGCUACGCCUUCACGCAGGUCGGAAAGAAUUGCCAGCCGCAGCGAUUCCCGCGAACCCUCAAUUGCUCCUUCUGAUGCUGGUGGUGUCGGCCGCUUGGCUGAUUCAAGCCCAGCCAAGUCCCACGCCUAUGGGUCCAGAGGCAGAGCUUCCGUUGCCCGAGAGCUGAAUGCGCCUGUAACGAGUGCCGCUCAAACUCUCGGUCAAGCCUUCGCAGAGACUUCUGUCCAAAAUGCUGCCAGCCAGGAUAGAAGCGCUGCCCGCACCGCAGUCAAUCAAGACAGAAGCGCUGUUCGUCCCGCAGCCAACCAAGAUAGGAGCACUGUUCGUACUACAGCCAGCCAAGAUAGAACCUCUGCUCGCACCACAGCCAGUCAAGAUAGAACCACUGCCCGCACCAUUAUCCGUCCGGACAGAAGCAACCACACCACAACCGAUCAAGAUAGAAGCGAGACAAUUCGACGACUUACAAGCAGGGUUGAAAUUGGCACUAACCGACGUCGCCAACCCGCGCCUCAAGAUGACUAUUAUCUCCCGGACAUCCUCGAAGAAAACCAGACAGGGAGGCCCGCGACGGCGGGCUCCGAUGCCAGGAGCAACUCGUCGGUAGCUGAUAAAAGUUACGCCACCCAGCGGGAAGCUGGAUUCUUUAAAGAUUUUGGUAAAUAUCUUGGUCCAAAAGAUACGCCCAGCAGCCGUAGCGUCGCCAGUAAGAGACCGGAAACUCUUGGCCCCCGUCCGGUGAUCGACGGCCGUGUUCCAGAGCCUGCUGAUCGCGAAGAGCCCCCUCAAUCACCUGUGCCGACUGCAUGGGCUACGGUUAAGCGAUGCGCCAUUCAUACUUUAAAAUGGCUUUACAGAUGGAUCAACGUUGCGCUGGUAUUCGGCUCAAAGUUCUUCGGAGCCAUAUUCUGGCUUGCACUCUUUGCCUGCUUUGUGGAUUUCUGCUGCCAUCGGACCAAUCCUUAUACACGCAUUUGCAAAGCUUUCGAAACGAUCUCUCUACCAAUUAUCCGUGGUGGUGGUGACAACAACCGGGUCAAUAACCUGUAUAGUCGUGUAAACGGCGUUGAAAAGGACCUUGAAGAUUUGUUGGCCAAGGUCCCCCAGAUGAUUGUUCUUGAACAGGACCCAGUUACUGGCGAGGCGAAAAUCCCCGAACGAUUCUGGGAUAUUGCGCACAAUCAUCUGGAUCAUGAAAAAUCCAGCGACGGUGUGUCAGUUUCAUGGAACGACUUCUGGAAAAAGAACGAAGGCAGACUCCAGGCAUUGCUUUCCGAUCAGGUCUCUUCGGAAGUAAAGAAGGCCCUCGCGAAUGAUGCAAUUGUUGACAAGGCCACCUUUCAAAAGAUGCUCGAAAAGGAAUAUACCAGCAAGGCCAACCGACAUAUCGACAAAAUCUUCAAAGACUUCCAGAAGACGCUACCACAGCAGUUUGGUAAAUCUCGAGAUCAGUGGCUUGCCAAAGAGAAAAGCACUGAAUGGCUCAUGCCCAUCAUAAUGGAAAACACCAUGCUCGAUCUGCGGUCUUACAACUUCUUUUCUGCAACCACCGGAGCCACUGUUAUUCAGAGCCUCACGUCGCCUACUUACGCUCGAAACCUGACAUGGAGCCAAUGGCUCUACACAAAUGUAGUUUUUCUUCCCAGCCCCAACCCGGCUCUCGUCGCCCUGCAACGAUGGGAGGAAGCUGGGGACUGCUGGUGCACAGCCGCGACGUCUUCAAUCGGCAAAGCGCAAAUCGGCAUCAAGAUCCCACAAGCCAUCUAUCCAACGAAACUCACGGUCGAGCACGUCCCACAGCAAGCUACUCUGGACACAGCAUCGGCGCCCAAGAAGCUCGAAGUGUGGUUCGAGGUCAAUGACGAGAUUAAGCGCAACAGAGUCCGCAAUGCUUAUCGCGAGAUAUCAUCUCACCACGAUACCAACCCCAAUGGGCCCGAGCCGCCUGGCGAGAACUACGUCUUCGUCGGGUCGUACUUUUACGACGUCUCGAGCACAAACUUCCGCCAGACGUUCCCGUUGGACGUCUCCUUCGCCAACUAUAACAUUGCCACGAACAAGGCUGUCGUGCGUGUGACGGAGAACCAUGGCCGCGAGUGGACCUGCUUGUAUCGCCUGCGGUUGCAUGGCCACCUGGCAGAGGAGCAGGAGUCCGGGCAUUAGCGUUCUGCGUAGAAGCCAAAUUCAAAAAUGAGGAGAUUCGGGAGGCGAGGCUUGGUGGUUACUGGCGAGAUACCCACUUCUUGUUGUUGUUGUGCUGUUGCUAUUGCGUGCAUUUUAAUAUCUGGUCUUCUGGAU